UGAAACUGUCCGUGUCACGUAAACCUGUUACUAUCUGUGAUUGAGCAUACGUCGGUAUCUACGUAUAUGUACGGAGAUACCAGAAGAGGUGGAGGGUUUCAGGGUGUGUUAGGUUACGACGUGCUGGAAUAAAGUCAAGCUAAGACAACAUACCGCCUCCUCUUCUGUAUUAAGGAUAUACAAAGAUAGCAAUAUUCCACAUGACGAGGAAGAGGAUUUUGACACUGUGCUGAGGCUGUUCGACGAGCACUUUGUGCCGAAAAGGAACGUGAUUUUCGAGAGGGCACGUUUCCACUGGCGGACGCAAGAGCUCACGAAGCUGCCUUGUAUCUGUAAGCUGCCUUUCAACUGUGUAUUACACAUCCAUGGGAGACACGGGUUCCUGGUUUGUCCCCUCAUCCAUCCACCCACGGUUCCUAUCCCAGCUGUCCCCCUCUGCAGACCUGGCCAUCGCUGUCUUCCUCACCUUCGCAGCUGUCGCAUCACUGCUGGAGAAUGGCACAGUGUUGUUAGUCUACUGUAGGGGAAGAAAGAAGCUCAGACCUCCAGAUCUCCUGACCAUCAACCUGGCACUCAGCGAUUUUGGUGUCAGCCUCUUGGGAGCGCUAUUUUUCAUAAUUUCCAGCCUGUGCCAUGCCUGGGUGUUUGGGGAGACAGGCUGCCUUUGGUAUGGCAUUCAGGGCUUUGUGUUUGGCAUUGGCUCUAUGCUCACCACCUGUCUUAUCACUCUGGAACGUUGCCUGAAGAUCUGCUGCUUAAGAUAUGGACAAUGGAUUGAGAGGCACCAUGUGUCUCUGUCCAUAGCAGUGGUGUGGGCUUACACAUUGUUCUGGGCCUUACUGCCUGCUUUUGGCUUUGGAAGUUAUUGACCUUAUGGGACCAGCUGCACCAUUAACUGGUGGAGAAUGAGGUCGUCUUUGAAUGACAGAAUCUAUAUUGUCCUCGUCCUGACAGUAUGCUUUGGAUUUCCUUUACUUACCAUCAUCACUUCAUAUUUGGUCAUCCUGUUGACGGGAGCCUCAGCCUGUCUCAGAGCUGUAGGAAGAAAAUGA